UACACAUCUUGAUGAAUGAGUUGUUUGUUUGUUGAAAAUUUGAAUAUUGAUUUUAUUCGAUCAUUUGAUUCCAGUUACUGAACAACAAACAUCAUUAUUACAUCCAUAAUGUCUACAACAAAAACAUAUAAAUUUAAAGCCGAUAUAACAUGUCAAGCAUGUGUAAAUGCUAUACAAAAAUCAUUAACAAAAACAUAUGGCGAUGAAUUACAAUCGGUCGAUUCGAAUGUCGAAACUAAAGAUGUAACCAUUGUUUUGGCUCGAAAAUCUAAUGAAGAACCAUAUACCUAUGAUCAGGUUUAUGAAGCAUUGGCUAAAACUGGACGUUCAAUAACCAAAUUGAAUUGAAUCAAUUAUUUUUCAUUUUCAAUUACAUUUCCCGAAACACUGAAAUUAAAAUUAUUGUUUAUAAAAUUUUCCUACAACAAUAAAA